CGAACACCUGUGCAGAAAACAGGGCGCCGCGGAAACUGCACCCGGGCGCCCCGUUCCAUGCCCACCCCACUGCUGACGGUGCAGCGCACUGUGAGAGCUACGGAGAUAACUGGAGCAUGGGCUGACUGUGGAGAAAAGGGGAAGACCAGGUCAGACAGGGAGCCUGGGAGGGCCAUGGUGCCAAGCCACUUGUGGGGGAGACUGGAGAAGCCGUUUAUCUUCCUGUGCUGCGCCUCCCUGCUCCUGGGGCUGGCUUUGCUGGGCGUACGGCCGGACUUCGCCCCUGUUGCUUAUUUCUUUCUCGCCUUGGGUGGCUUCUUCUUGUUUGCCUGCCUCCUAGCCUGUUUUGUGGAAUGGGGACUCCGGCUCCGGCUCCAAUCCAUGCAGUCCGAGAGCCCAAGGGCCCCAGGCAAUGCACGGGACAAUGACGCCUUUGAGGUGCCAGCCUAUGAAGAGUCUGUGGUAGUGUUGGAAUCACGGUACCACCACCAAGAGGUGGACCAACCACCCCCCUACAGCAGUGUUGUGAUUCCCCCAGGACUUGAGGAGGGGCAGGAGGGGCACACAACAAGACUGGAAAGGCGAGUGGGCUCAGAGGGAUCUAUGGCCCAGGAAAGAAGCCCUGGAAGGAUUCAAGUCAGCCAUCAGCUUCAGGGACCACAGGCCGUGUCCACUGCUCCUGAUCUGCGAAGCUUGGCAGCACUCCACAAACUGGAGCCUCUUACUCCGCCCCCUGCCUAUGAUAUCUGCUUUGGUCACCCUGAUGAUAAUAGUGUUUUCCGUGAAGACAACUAGUCGCCCCCCUAAACAGCUCUCCCAGGAUUUACUCUCUCCCCAUACCAGACCCACGCAUUCAUUUGACCAUUUCCCAGUGCCUUCUAUGUGUCAGGAGCUGUGUUUCUGCCUGGACAUCAUAAAUGGGUACUUGGACCCAGAGGGGAGUCACGCUACAGUAAGCCCUUCCCAAUUGAGAUGUAGGUGGUGUAAUUUGAGCCUUCUGGCAACAUUCGGUAACCUACCCCAUAUCCAGUAUUUCCAGAGUUAGAUUGAGGUGAGGUGAGGAGGUGAUUCUGAGAAGAUGGAGAAAGAAGAAAAGAAUAGCAUCAGAGUGACAGCUAUGUUGCUUCUGAUCCAGGUGCUUUGCCCCUAUUAGUUCCCUUUUGCUUCCAGGCCUUGUGGGCUUUUAUUAUUCUCGUUGAAAAAUAAGGAUUCCAAGGGUCAUGGGAAUUUGUUAACUUGCACAAGAGCACACUGCAUAAAAAUAACUUGAACAAACUCCUCAUUCCAAAGCCUACUGUGUUUUCAAUACAAGGUAAUGGGAAGCCAAGCCUCCUGCACAUAUUUCAGUCUCUAUCUUGGGACAACUGCUGGUGAGGGGUGGAAGACGGCAUACAGACAGAAUGGUGGGCCAGAAUGUGUCUACAGACGGGUGGGCUGAGCGUGAAGAGGGAUAUCCCCAGCCUCCUAGAGGAGCAAAGCUAAUCAAAGCUCCUAUAUCAGGUCCCUGCCGCUCCAUGUGGGUAGCGUCUACUGCGCCUCUGUCCUGCCCAGGGGCCAGAGAGCAUCCCCCAAUACAGGGUCCCCCAUUUUAUCCGAAAGCAGUGGAGUAAAUAAAUGGUCCCAGGUGCACGGACUUCCAGUUUUAACAACGGGUGGAUGUGAAGGCCAAAAAGAAUACGACGUGCGACUUUCUUGGCGAGGGGUGAAGGGGUAGUAUCUAAGGAGACUCCCUUUCGUUUACCUAUCAUGAAGUGCCAGGCCACUUGCAAAGUGUCUCUGGUCGCUUCAGCCUCACCCCGCGCUCUGGCCGCUGGGUUUUACCCAGCCCCCCGCCGAUUUUUCUCAGAUCCCAGUACGUAACACCAGGUUUUCUGGAAUUGUGUGCUGCGGCUGUGAUACAGGUUUCGGCCACUGAGAGCUGCUAAAGCACCGCCGAUGCCGCACUCCCCAUGCAGGCC